AUGCAGAUAAAAUCGGCGUUGCCAACUAAUCUGUUGAAAAUUUCAAAAGAAAAGUAUUUGUCGAAGAUUAGAAAAUCAAACUUCACCACUAAUUUCACGAUAAGGUGGUUAUCGGGUUAUGUGGUUAAGUAAACAACAACAAAAUGCGUGUUAGAAAGUCGUUGCAAUUUUACUAAAUGGCAGCACAAAAAAUAAAUAAAAACUAAGCGAACGGCAUUUCCAUUAAAACCAGAAUAAAAAGCAUCCAAAAGCAACAAAAAGAAUCAAAAAUCUGCAAAAAUCAACAAAAAUCAUCAAAGUAAUGUCUACAGAAAUUCGAAAGCGCCGGCGAGAAAAGGAGGUGAAAAAAUGGACGGAAGCCGAAAUCAAAGCCGUGCUGUCCUAUAUGCAGAAUCACCGAAACGUCGAGAAACCAACAGCGAAAAUCUAUUACAGUAAGUUGCUUGCAGCGACAAAAAUUGAAGCAACGUGGAACAUCUUAAAAUGUAAGAUUCGCUAUUUAAAAAGCCAAAUGAAAUCGGCAGACCACUGGCUAAAUUCCACGGGCGCUGGAGUAGAGGAUGGCGUUGUGGAGCGGACUGUGAUGGAUAAAGUGCUUAAAAGUUGUCCGCAUUACAAACAGUUAGCGGACAUUUUUGCUACGGAGAGGGAAGCUGAGGUGGUGGUAAUGAGCUCCUCUGCAAUGGAACUCGACUCUAUAGAAAAUGUUGUGGAUGAUUUGGAAGACCCCGAACCCGAAGCGCAGGAAGAAAAUGACAUAUCUGUAUUGGCAUCUGCCUCAUCUGCGGCCAGCCCGAUUGUAAAAAAAAUUAAGCCAAAACACCAAAACACUGCCAUUGACAAACUGGCAACAUUAGAAGCUGAAAGAAUGAGAUUUCGAGAAAAACAGCUUCAAUUUGAAAUAGAAAAAUUCAAUUGGAUGAAGCAAGUUGAAGCAAACAAACAUGAAAAUGAAAAGAAGAAGAUCGAAAACGAUUUCCAAAAACCGCUUCAAUUUGAAAUAGAAAAAUUCAAUUGGAUGAAGCAAGUUGAAGCAAACAAACAUGAAAAUGAAAAGAAGAAGAUCGAAAACGAUUUCCAACUUAAAAAAAUGGAGUUGGAGCAGAAUGAAAGAAUAAGGAAAUUAGAAAUUGAAAUGAAGUAUAAAAAUAAUAAUAUAAAUAACCAAUAA